AUGGAUUCUCGAGACAAUGAAGUUAGGAAAAAAAGGCAUUUCUGGAGGAAACAUUUCGGGAGACAUAGAAGAUUGGUGGAGCCCAAUGUACAUGAAACUGGAACUGAGUGUGAAACUGGAACUGAGUGUGGAACAGUGGCAAUCAAUGGCACAGGGACCAUCAGUGGCACAGGGACCAGUAGUGGGUCUUCGAGUAGUUAUCGUGAAGAGAGCACUGAGAGGGGGUUGAGACAGACGUUCCGGAAUAGUAUGGCAUUGAAGUAUGGAUCAUUGGGUAGAAAUGAUGGGGCCAAAGAAGAAAGGUAUCAUACCUUUCGAUGGUGGAAGAACAAAAAAAAAGUAAGGCAGCAGGAAUCAAGCUUCGAUGAUGGGGCUUCUGACGAGCAGCACUGCAUUGGAAACAUGCUUGAGAAAGGGAAAUUUCCAGAUACGCUGUUUAGUGCUGACUUAGAAACACAUACUGCAGCUAUAACCGACAGAGAUGUGUCAAAAGAGUGCUCAGAGGAGUCUCAUAGGGUGCAUUCAUUCGACUCUGUGUGUAUCACACCCAUCAGUGCCCCGUAUCCUGCUAUGGCGAAUGACAAGUUUAACUAUUGCCAGUUUUCUCGCAGUUUGGAACAAGCAAUAAAUGUCCCAGAGUCAAGCAAUACAGGUAUGGGACAUUACUCAAAGAAAGAAGAGGAAGAAUCGAUGGUCAAUUUCAGGAGGUCUUUGAGAAACGAUAGGAACAAGCUUGUGAAGUUCCAAUUUAACUUCGAUGAUGAUAGCAACAAGUCCAAUAAUAUGGGAAACAGCAAAGAAUACUCGUUCGGACUCAAAGACCACAACAACAGCGGAAUCAGUAUAUGUUCGACCAGUAUCGACGUCACACCAAUGUAUAACAACAGUCCCGGUGACAAGAGGGGUGUACCAAACAUGGAUGAGGAACCUACUGAAAAUAGAAGCUUCUUCAAAAACAUUGAAUCCUCAUUUUUGUCCAUAAUUGGUUACGAUGUAGCUGGUCAAUCGGCGACUGGUAAAGGUAUCUGCGAUGCCACCAAGGACAUUUUGACUACGCCAGCAACAUCCCAUAAAGUGACCGUCUCCGGAACCUCUACUCUCAACGACAACAAUGACGAUGAUGAUAUAACGACAACUAAAACUGGAAAAGAUCUCACAAAUCAUUCUACUUUCCAACUACCAUUCUACAAAGGCAACUCAUUGUAUGGCAACCACUCCGACAUCUUUAUCUAG